ACUAAGAGUUCUUAUAUGUGAUUGUCUUUUGAUUUUCAGAUAGGUUUUUCUCUUUUUUCCUCAAAUAUCGGCAGUGGCCAUCUUAUUGGCCUGGCUGCGAUAGGAGCAUCUUCAGGAGUUGCCGUUGGGGCCUUCGAAUGGAAUGCUGUAUUUCUGCUCUGCUCUCUUGGUUGGAUAUUUGUUCCUGUUUACAUUAAGGCUGAGGUGGUAACGGUGUCAGAAUAUUUUAAGAAGAGAUUUGGUACCUACCGGAUCCAGAUCAUCUUCUCUGUUGUGUAUUUAUUCCUCUAUAUCUUCAAUAGGAUCGCGUUGGAGGUCUGCUCUUACGCAGUAUUCAUGAGGAUGCUUUGGGGGUUGGAUAUUUACCUGAUCAUCCUGGUCUUGCUGACAGUUGCUGGUCUUUAUACCAUCACAGGUGGUUUGGUAGCUGUGGUUUAUACUGGUGUCUUGCAUGCUUUCAUUAUGCUUUUGGGAUCAGUCUUGUUAAUGUGUUAUGCCUUUAACAAAGUGGGAGGAUACGAGGGGCUGCUGCGUAAGUACUUCCAAGCCAUACCACGUACAAUCAGCAAAGGAAACUGGACUGCCAAGCCACAGUGCUACCUCCCUCGCCCAGAUGCUUUCCACAUCAUCCAAGACCCCGUCACUGGAGACCUCCCGUGGCCCGGACUCUUCUUUGGCCUCCCUAUCCUCUCCACUUACUACUGGUGUACUGAUCAGAUGUUUUUCCAGCGGUGCCUGGCAGGGAAGAACUUAUCUCAUGUGAAAGGUGGCUGCCUCCUGUGUGGGUACGUGAAGCUGCUGUCCAUGUUCAGCAUGGUGAUGCCGGGAAUGAUCAGCCGCAUCCUGUACCCAGAUAAAGUGGCAUGUGUUGUACCCUCAGAAUGUCAGAAGUACUGUGGCAUGGAAACUGGUUGCAGCCCCAUCGCCUACCCCCUGCUGGUGAUAGAGCUGCUGCCCAGUGGCUUGCGAGGCUUGAUGCUGUCCACCUUCUGCGCCUCUUUCAUAUCCUCCCUGACUUCUAUUUGCCACAGCGCCAGCGCCCUGUUCACACUGAACAUCUAUACUGUGAUGCGGCCUGUGGCCACUGAGACGGAGCUCAUGGUAACAGGCAGGUUUUUUGUUAUAGUCUUACUUGCUGUCACCAUUGCCUUUGUCCCUAUUAUGCAAAUGAGUCACAGUGAGCAGUUGUUUAAGUACAUGCAGGCAGUCAGGAGUUACAUGACACCUCCCAUUGCUGCCAUAUUCCUGCUUGCCAUGUUUUGCAAGAGAGUCAACGAGCAGGGUGCCUUCUGGGGACUGAUUUUUGGGAUCAUGACUGGCUUAUUUCGAUUGGUGGCCGAGUUGGUCUAUGGACCCUGGAGCUGCAUGGGGAACAGCAAGUGCCCAGUGGUCAUCUGCGGCCUGCACUACCUCCAUUUCGCCAUCAUCAUCUUCCUAGUUAGUCUUCUCAGCAUGCUGGGGAUCUCCCUACUCACAGCCCCCAUUCCGGAAAAGCACCUGCACCGGCUCUGUUGGAGUUUACGCAACAGCCAAGAAGAAAGGGUAGACCUGGCCAUAGAGAUGCGAAGGAACAGACUCCCCUCGUCCGCGUCACAGUCAGGUGUAUUCAAGGAGACCCAGGGCUGCCCCGGGAGGGCCUGGGACCUGUUCUGUGGCCUGGAACCACAGCUGGGCCCCAAAGUGGCCCCAACAAAGACAUCCAAGGAGACAGUGGAGCCUGGUGACACAUCGAAAGGCACAGAGGGGCUGGCCCCAGGAAGGGCCACCAAGAAGACAGAAGGUAGAGAAUGGGGCGACACAUCGGAGAAGCCCUUCUGGAGGCACUUUGUCAACAUCAGUGCUGUCCUCCUGCUGGUGCUUGUGACCCUCUGCCACCUCUACUACAUCUAAAGCCGCUUGGCCUGGCACGCCCCUAGGGCGGCGGAGCUGCUGCCUCCCAGACUCCCUCCUCGCAAAGGGUGAGAAGCGCCUCCUGCGAGAGACUCACGGGUCUGGGCCUGAGGACUGCACUCAUGAAAAUGCUCCCUUGGUGCCCUGCAUCAAGCACCACCAGCUGCAGGACACACGUGCCACGCCACAGGCCGGGGCGAAGUCCAUUCGCGAUUGCAGACACUAUGCAAAUGGGAACAUCUGUUCCUUUACGAAAUGAGUCAUUUUCUCCAAAUGGCUCUACUGCAUAAACACUGACUUUCACUUUAAAUUUA